AGAGAGAGGAGAGGAGAGGGUGUCCCGUCUGUGUGGAGCUCAGACAGACAGCAGGGAACAGCUGCAGCGCCAGGCGAGUCCACAAACCGUCUCUUCAUCCCCUAACAACCGGCGUGGAGCAGCUCGAGCGACCCAAACAUCACCUGAGAAAAUGGUCGACCGCGAGCAGCUGGUGCAGAAAGCCAGGCUGGCCGAGCAGGCUGAGAGAUAUGAUGACAUGGCAGCUGCCAUGAAAUCGGUAACCGAGCUGAACGAGGCCCUGUCCAACGAGGAGAGGAACCUCCUGUCCGUGGCCUACAAGAACGUGGUGGGCGCCCGCCGCUCCUCCUGGAGGGUGAUCUCCAGCAUCGAGCAGAAGACCUCCGCCGAUGGCAACGAGAAGAAGAUCGAGAUGGUGAGGGCCUACCGGGAGAAGAUUGAGAAAGAGCUGGAGGCCGUGUGCCAGGACGUGCUCAACCUCCUGGACAACUUCCUGAUCAAGAACUGCAGCGACACGCAACACGAGAGCAAGGUGUUCUACUUGAAGAUGAAGGGCGACUACUACCGGUACCUGGCUGAGGUGGCCACGGGGGAGAAGAGGGCCAGCGUGGUGGAGUCCUCGGAGAAGGCCUACAACGAGGCGCACGAGAUCAGCAAGGAGCACAUGCAGCCCACCCACCCCAUCCGCCUGGGCUUGGCUCUCAACUACUCUGUGUUUUACUACGAGAUCCAGAACGCCCCCGAGCAGGCCUGUCAUCUGGCCAAGACCGCCUUCGACGACGCCAUCGCCGAGCUCGACACCCUCAACGAGGACUCCUACAAAGACUCCACUCUCAUCAUGCAGCUGCUCCGAGACAACUUGACACUGUGGACAAGUGACCAGCAGGACGAUGAGGGAGGGGAGGGCAACAAUUAAAUAAAUAGAGAAAAACGCGUUUAAAAAGAAAAAAAAAUUACGAAGGGCCGGUGGACUUUGGCAGCCGCUUUUGCCGACGAAACUACCGCAGCAGCAGUUCUUUAUUUUUCCAUGUGUUAAAAGAAAAGAAUCAAAGGAGAGGUGAGGGUGGAGGUUAAAUCUUAGUUUAAAUAUAUAUAGAAAUAUAUAUACAGUUGAAAGAGGGCCUCUGUUUUCUUGAUUUUCUCUUUGACAUUUGCCAAAACCACUGAAACGUCAGUCAAUCAGCCUGAAGUGGUUGUUGUUGGAUUGAAAUGGCAGCCUCACACUGGCAUAGAAACUGGUCUUGUUCCAUCAAGAUAAGCUGCUUACUUAGGUUUUUUGCGUGAUAGAGAUGCAUUUGAGUCACUCGAGAGAGAAAACGCUUGAAUGGGAACGCCUCACCAAAAAAAA